CUCUAACCAUUUUAAUCGACAAAACAUUAUUUCCUGACUGUAUUCUCCUUUAAGUGCAGCGCACUUCCCUGUUCAGAACGCCGUGAACGCGCACCAGUGAACGCGUUGCGCAGCGCCGCGUAUCAGAAAGCGAGAUGACUGCGGGUUGAUCGACAUUUCUGGACAUUCACAUACAGCAUCUUCCAUAACACACAGCUCUCAUUUUAAGGAUGGAUUUGGACAUGCUGAAUAUGUUUGUUAUUGCUGGAGGGACGCUGGCGAUACCCAUACUGGCAUUUGUAGCCUCUUUAUUUCUGUGGCCUGCCGCUCUUAUUAAAGUCUAUCACUGGUAUUGGCGCAGGCGAUUGGGUAUGCAGAUGGGUUAUGCCGAAUGUGAAGGAUAUCGCUUUUGUUAUACUCACAGAGGGAAUCCAGGCGCACGACCGUCUGUUCUCAUGUUACACGGCUUCUCUGCUCAUAAGGACAUGUGGCUGCCUGUAGUCAAGUUUCUCCCUAAAAAUCUACACUUGGUUUGUGUUGAUAUGCCGGGUCAUGAAGGUACCAGUCGGACCAGCGCCGUGGAUUAUUCCAUAGAGGGUCAAGUCAGACGCAUAAAUCAGUUUGUGAAGAGCAUCGGGCUGAACCGAAAACCUUUUCAUCUGAUUGGUACAUCAAUGGGUGGAAGCAUCGCUGGUGUUUAUGCUGCACGUCACCCCUCUGAUCUCCGCAGUGUCACUCUCAUCUGUCCAGCUGGUCUUCAGUAUCCCAAUGAGAGUACAUUUAUUCAGCGUUUGAGGGAACUGGAGGACAAUCCGGAUCCAGAUGAGAUUCCUCUCAUUCCCACAACACCUGAAGAAAUGGAACAAAUGUUGAAGUUAUGUUCGUAUGUGCGUUUCAAGAUACCUAAACAGAUUCUUCAGGGUCUGCUUGACGUCCGUAUUCCAAACAACAACUUCUACCGAGAGUGUUUUAUGGAGCUUGUUGGAGAGAAAUCGAGACACGCUUUACAUGAGAACAUGCAUCUCAUCUCAGCUCCUCUACAAGUUAUUUGGGGGAAACAAGACCAGGUUCUGGACAUGUCUGGGGCUUCUGUCCUCGCCGAGGCCGUUCCUGGAUGUCAAGUUCAUCUUCUAGAUAAUUGUGGGCACACAGUGGUGAUGGAACGACCAAAAAAAUCUGCCCAGCUCAUUGCUGACUUUAUCAACACAAAUCACAACGCAAACAACAGCACAAAGAAACUUUCCUAAGACUGAACUGUACAUAAUGUAUGGGGCUGGAGAUUAAGUUAAAGAUCUAAUUACAGUAGGUUGUUGGUUAAAUUUCACAUGGAGAUUACUGCGCUAAUCUGGUGAUUUUGUACCACGACAUUUAAUCUCAGAGUGACCCUGUAUACAGUUCAUGCACUGGAUGUCUUAAAGUAACAGGAUGUCAUUUUGAAUAUUGUAAAAAAAUCAGUAAAAGGUAUUUUUGUAGCGAAUGCUCAGGGAUCCACAGCAACCACUGAAAAACGACGUCGUUUUUUCAGUGUCACUGCAGUCUGUAGUUAUUUCAUGUUAGAUUUAAAUACUACAACUGGAUUUUAAAUACACAUGUGUUUAUUAUUAUAAACCUUUUCCCAUCUGCAGUUAUUAUAUUUAAAGAAGAAGAUUUUUGAUUAGUGAGCUCCAUACCUAGAUGGCAUUUUUGGGCAUAAUAGGCAGUUUCAGAACUAAUGAAUCAAACAAUUAUAGGAAUAGUCAUACAAAAAUAAAAAUUAUAUUUUAUCAUGACACAUGCAAAAAAAAAAAUGUUGUCACUGGGAUGAUGUAUUUAUUUUAAAAAGGUCCCUAACUCAUUUCCCCACAAGUUAUCUCGUCAAUAAAGAAAAAAACAUUUGUAUGAAAAACAUGUUCCUGAUGAGUUUUUAUGGUAGUCUGUAAAACUGAGAUCAUCCACUAGAUGUCGCUCUUACCCAAAAACUGAAGCCAAAACGUUAUUUAUUAAUUUUAAACUCUGUGUAUGUUUUGAUAAUUGUUCUGAAUCUGAUCUCUAACAAAAUUCCUUCACAAAAAUGCAAUUAUUUAAGCUUUUUGCUAAGAAUUUUUUUUUUUUUUUUGAAGAAAAAUACCCAUAUUUAAAGGUGCAGUGUGUAAAUUUUUGCGGCAUCUAGUGGUGAGGUGGCAAAUUGCAACCAACGGCUCAGUCAACUGCCCAACCCUUGCUUUUGAAAUGCAUAAAGAAGCUAAACGAUAGCCACCACCAGACAAACAUUUCAUCGUCGGAGACAACUUAGUAAAAAGGUUUGUACGUUAAGGGCUUCUGUAGAAACAUGGCGGCACAAAAUGGCGACUUCCAUGUAAGGGGACCCUCGGUGUAUGUAGAUAAAAACGUCUCAUUCUAAGGUUAUAAAAACAUAACGGUUCAUUUUAACAGGUCUUUAUACACCACUGAUAAUUUAGUUUUGUAUAUUAUCUUGCAUUUCUUUCAAGAGAUCCUUCUAAAAAUUACACACUGCACCUUUAAGACUUUAUAAACAGAGAAAAAAUAAAGAUAUGAUGAAGCAAUUUUUUCCCCAUUUUGUUUGUUUGUUUGAUUGAAAGCAGAGAAUCUGAUCUUUCAUUUGAUAUAUUUUUAUGUUUAUAUAUUUUUAGAAAUUUUCCUGGAAGACAUUUUGUGAAACUUUUGUCAAAAUCACAAAAAAUGCUGGCAGGCAACUUUUUUAAAAAAAUUACCAUUUACCAUUUUUUUUUACAGAUGUGUACCUUUGAGGUACCAAUAUGCACCUUUUAGUUACAAAACUGUAUUUUUUAAAUGGUACUUCCCUAGUGACAACUUUUAUACCUUUGUGUACCUUUUUUUUAAAGAGUGAAUCAAAGAGGUUUGAAGUUAUCAGCGUGCCACCAUAUUUGAAUAUAGCAAUGAUAUGUUUGUUUUGAUUUAAGCAUAUUGUUUCAUGUCAGGUAAAAUUGAAGUCAUUUGGAUUAUUUUAAAUAGUUUAAUAUUGGAGCUUCACCAUGUUAAGCCCUGUGAGAAGAUAACAUGAUGGCAUUUUAAUAUGAAAUUAUUGGUGUUGAACUGAAUAGAGAAAGUCAUAAACAUAUAGAUAGAUAAAGAAUUUACAUCUGGGAUGGCAUGAGGGUAACUGAAUUACAAAAGAAAUUUAAUUUUUGCGUGAACUAUUCCUUCAAAUGUGCUUAAGAUGCCCCAAAAAUGUGGCUUUCUAGAUUGUGAGAUAGCUUAAAUGUCAUUUUAUAUUUCAUGUCAUAGUUUAAUGUAUUUUAAGAACAAUAUUAAUGGUGUUACAUACUACAAAUUACAUA